AUGAGUAAAGCGCAAAAAAAGGUCGAUAAUAAGUCAAAGAAACCAAAUCACAAGAAGAACGACAAUGAUAAGAAGAAGCACGAGCAGCAGCCAAAGCGAAAGAAAGACACUAGAUUCGACGCUUUUACACCAAAAUCUUUGACUCCUGUUUCAGCUAUGGAUAUGGAUUCCGUUAUCCAUAAUCUUCAAGAAAGAAAUCAAAAAAUUACAGUAGGCAUAGAAUCAAGCUUCAAUGACUUAAAUGAUUCUCUUUAUAGUCAAUUCGUUGUCAGUACUGCUUCCCUACAGAACUCAACAGAAAAUGUGGGUGCCUUAUCGAAUGUUCUCAAGAAGGUUUCUUCAAAUCCAUUUGUAAAUUUGAUUAUUUCCGGAGAUUCUAAUGAAUUACUCGAAUUUACCAAAGAAAAGCAUUUCGAAAAGUACUUCUCGCCAAACCAGCUUCAUUCUGCUACAAUAUUACUUCAAUUUCUGACAAAAUCAAUUUCAAAUAUUUCCGAGCAAAAUGAAAAUUACGCCGAAUGGAUAUCAGCUGCUUUGAUAGAUAUCGAACAGGAUGAAUCCAAAAGCACAUUAACUCAGCUUCCAAAGAUUAUUACGAAAAUUCAAGAAUUAUCUGAGCCGCUUGUAUCUCUAAAGUGGAAGCAAGUUACUCAUGUAGCAAGAUCAGUACUUUCUGGUCAGAAUACUUUGUAA